AUGUCCGGCGCGCGUCUCGGCGCCGCCUUCCGGCAUGUACGUCUGCUGUUCCCAUCCGAUCAAGCCCGCCGCGCUGCGCAGCGAUUGCACAUCCGUCAGCCGCGCCUUGAGUCCUUCAAGAGCCGUUCCCAUGCUCGUUUUCACCUUUUCAUGUUGAUGGAGAAGCGACUAUCGUACCGCCUCGCGCCGGGUGUGGUCAACGCUUCUCAAGGAUUGCCAGGGC